ACCGCCCACGGAAGCCAAGCUCGUCGAAGAGUUCCGCCAGGAUAUCCGCCUCUGCGAAACUGAUACCGAGAAAUUUCGACAUGUGCGUGCAGAAGCGCGAUGAGCUACUCGAGGAAAACGACAGACUAGUCCUCCGACUGGCCGCCUUUGACCAUGUCAUGCCGGCUGAAUGUGCCUUGCAGAAAUGGAGGAAAGAGCGCGCCCGGCCACGAUUGAGCCAGCCGAGCACGGCGCAGGAGGAUGGCUCAGCGAAAUGGGAUCGGUUUGUAGGCGUUGCCGCAAACGGGUUUGACAGGAUACUCAAGCUACUCCCGCCCUUGAGGGCAAUCAGCUUACAAUGGGGCAAGGAUUUCGUCCAGCAUUACCAGUUGGCCGGAAAAGGGCAGCAUUAUUGCAACCAAUUCUCAGCAGCCAUAAAACCGCAUACCCGGGAGAAUGGAGUGCGGAAGUUGAACCAACUACUGCUCCGGCGGUUCCGGAUACCUGGGCGACGGGAUAUCAGGGCCGGGGUGAAUCCCAUUGAGCCGGUAGAUCUCCACAGCCUAGCGAGAUGGAGCGACGACGGACCGUUUGUUAAAGAAGGCGAUCCAGACAAGGUCCAGUUGCAGGCAGUUCGUCGACCUCACUGGCGAAGAUCUUCCUCCUGGUUUCAUUUUCGACCAAUUCGGGCUCAUGGUCCGGUAUCCGCCCGAGCCGUUGGCAGGAUUCGGCUUUCCAGAACCGGGUUCGAGCGAUGACUUGGAGGACAUCUCAGAUACUUCCUCAGCAGAGGAGGAAUCCGGCGUACCACCUGCCACCGCCAACAUGAGCAUUGGGGACGCCGACCCUGUAAUGCCACCUACCGCUGUCGCCACUCC